AUGGGCAAACAAGAUAAAAGUAUUGUCUGGGAGGUGGCCGAAGAAGAGGGCUCGUCGCCUUCCUAUGGUCGGUCUGUGGUACAUGUGGAGCAAGAAACCAAGGAGGCUCGGACCAGUUGGGAAUUGCUAUCAGAAGAAAAGGAAGACGAAGACUUGUUGUUUGUUCACAAGGAAAAUUCUAUGAGACAGCUGGACAAGAUUGUGGAUGGUGCUCUUGGAUGCUCUCCGCAUCGCUUGACCGACACAGAAACCACAGAUGGGUAUUCUGGGAUGCUAGCAGAAGAAAAGGACGAAGAACCGGGGUUGAGCAAGAGCCCCAAAGACGAUAAGAGCGUGUUCAGUAGGGAGUGUUCAAAUGACUUUACUCACGGUCAAAUCACCUUUGAGUAUUCACUGCCAUCGGUCCCUGAGACCUACCCGCAGAUGUUUCCUUACCAUGCCUCUGUGGGAGGUGAUCAUCCAUGUGCGCAAUCGGCUUCAACCGGUAGCGACAUCGCAAGUGGUCCAAGCGACAACGUCAAUUCUUUAAUGAUCCGUUCCGCAGCUAAUUCAAGUGCAGCUUUCCGGGCUGAAGUUGACCUACACAUUGAGUCCAAAGAACUGAAUCAGCGUUCCUUGCAGAAAUUAGUGGGACCUCUUGUCGAGCCUCUCAUUCCAUCGAUUAGCAUCGAUCAUAGUGCCAAUCUCAACGAAAGCGAUGAUGUGUCUGCGAUUACCUACAUACCGGUAUAUCAACAGGCCCGGAACUGGCCAACUAGAGAAGCCAUUGAGGCUUGGCGCUCCAAACAGAGGCACAGCAAAACAAAGUCAACAAGUUUGGGCCACAAGGCAAAAGCGUGCCUCCGUGUUACAAAGCUCACCGACUAG